AGUGUAUAUACAUGUGCUGUGUUCAAGAUUUGAUGCGACUGACACGAGAACACUCAAGAUGACAAAAUUUAGCGACCUAAAUCUAAUAGAUAGCCGUCUUGACGAGAAAAGAAAACAGAAAGCGAUUGCUAGAGCAGCAAGGCUGGGUUAUGAAGUUGUUGCAAUUAAUCAUAGGCAGGCCAAGUUGGAUCGUAAAACAAAGAUUCCAAGUGCCCCUGAGAGACCAAAGGAGGUGGAAAGUGAUUAUCUGAAGGUUCAAGGCAAGGAAAUAAAGGUUCUCUCCAGAUUAACUGUGACUCUGAAUGAUUCAGCACAAACUAUUGUUCUGCGGUCUGACGGUGUAUCGACAUACGACGUUCUGGCUGUUGAGCCGACCACAGAAAAAAUGUUUCAUAAAGCAUGCACAGAGCUCGAGGUGGAUAUCAUCUCGUGUGACAUGACAAUGAAGCUACCUUUCUACUUCAAGCACCACUCUAUCAAACCAGCACUGGAAAGGGGAGUUCAGUUUGAGAUCUGUUAUACACCAGCAAUCCGAGACACCAGUCUACGAAGGAAUGUGUUCCACAAUGCUCUUGCUCUCGUUAGUUCUUUAAAGGGCAAGAAUAUAAUCAUCAGCAGUGCAGUUGAAAAUGCAAUGGAGCUGAGAGGACCACAGGAUGUUGCCAAUUUAGGGAGCUUAUUUGGUCUGAGUGAGGACAAAGCAAAAGCUGCUAUCUCCACCAACUGCCAAUCAGCACUGGUCCAUGCAUUCACCAGGAAUGGCACCAUCAGGUCUGCAAUGUCCGUUCAGAAGGUGACAGAACUGGCCCCCGAUGAACUUUGGAAGGUGAAGGCUAGUCUGGAAGCCAGUGGUUUGUCAGUGGAGCAGCUGAGAGAGUUAGAGGCAAAGACUGUUAAGAAGACACCAAGACAGGAGAUAACUCCUGGGGAGGAGCCUAAAGAGAAGAGGCAGAAGCAGAGGUGACACCUUUCAGAUACAAGGACUUGAACUCCAGCUACAAUUUGUAAAGACUCUUAUGAAAAUUGCAAGCUAUGAUGGAAUCAUGAUCUGCUUGCCUAUUUGGAACUUGCAAGUAAAUUGCUAUUACUGAUUUGUUCUGCAAAACUGCAUCUGUGCCAAGAAGUAAAACUACACUAUAGAAAUGGUCAGAUUUUAUGUUUUAGUGUAUCAUGACAUUUUGAAACUGGACAUAUUUUCUUUUUUCUGAUGCAAAGAAUUAAGCUCAAGUGCAUGUACUGUUACAUACAUGUAUUUCUAUGUUAGGAUAAACACUAGGUAUUCUACCGUUUUCAGACAGUACCUAUAGCUAUGUCAUAACAAAAUCGAGCUAUUUUUUUGUAUAUUGCCUAUUUCUGUUUCCCUAACAAAAAUAGCUAUCAUAUUGAUACCUUCUCCUGUUUUGGGAAGAGCGAUCACUAUUAUUAGUUCAGAUAUAAAGUUCUUUCCCAAAGUUCAUCAGGGCCCCGUUGCAUAAAACUUUUAAUGCAGCGUUAAGCCCCUAUUUUAGCGGUAAGUCAGGAAACAGCGUUAACUUUCCAUUGCAUUAAUAGUUACAACAGUUUUUUAGUGGUAAGCAUUUCAGAAACAGCGGUAACUUUACUACAGCUAUAAAGGUAGCAUUAACUACCAUCAGUCAAUUACGGUAAGCUGUCAUACCAAGAUGGCUGCCAUAUUGCACGCAAUACAACAUGCCGCAGCUCUGAGGAGAGAGAGGGUUUUACGGGACCGAAGGCAUCCCUUGGACCAAUAUGAUGACGAACAAAUGUUCAAGUUGUAUAGGUUCAGCAGGCAGGGAUGCCUUCACCUGAUUAACUGACAGAACCCAGAGGAAUCCUGGCCAGUACACUUGAAAAAUCAUGGCGUUAGAUUCACUUUCCUGUUCAUUGU